AUGCGAUUGUCUUCAUUAUUCUAUCGAUCGUUCAAAGUAGUAAAUCUUGGUAAAUUGUCAUAUGUCGAAGGAUUGCAGCAGCAAAAGAAAUUUGUUGACAUCGUAAAGAAAGGAAGGGAUCAAGAAACGAAUUUGAAUUUUCUUCUGGCUGUGGAACAUACUCCCGUUUAUACCGUAGGCAUUCGAUCGAAACUAUAUUCUAAAAAAGAAGAAUUAAGGUUAAGAGCGUUAGGCGCAGAUUUCCACAGUAUCAUCAACUGCUACUCACCAACAUCAGCAGCUGAUGAAUCCGAAAUGGACGCGUUUUACGAGGAGCUGGAGGAAGUGAUCCGUAACGAGAAGUCCUUCUACAGAUUCGUUGUCGGAGACUUUGACGCAAAACUAGGGAAGGCUGCAGAAGAGGAAUACAGGAUAGGAAGAUUUGGACUAGGGGACCGGAAUGAAAAUGGCAAUCGUCUCGCCGGGCUGUUGUCCGCCGCUAGCCUCUCAUAA